CUGGGAAACUUUGCUUGUCCCUCCUUACGCAAGUGUGUGGAGCUGGGGGUAAACCUGCGAGGAAGUAACAUCCCGUCCAGGUGGUUCAGGUGCUUCAUCCUCCUGAAAUUGCGGCAAGAUUCGGCGAUGGUAGCCUUUACUGCCCGAAUCGCUCCAUUUUUUGUUAAAGUACAACUUUCGUGAAGAAAUUAAAAAAAAAUGUGUGGUUGAAAAUUUAUGAAAUGCUAAUGGCAAAAGAGUGACACCAAACUUGUAUUUCGGUUAUACACUUUUAAAACUAAAACUGUCAGAGUUUUAGACAGGCUAUGCUGUUGCUAUGGCUACUUGAAAUGUCACAAAUAACCGUACCUUGUACACCAUUAAGAAAACAUUUCUUGAUACUUUUAUUGUGUUGUUAACAGAGGAGGGGUGGUUUUAUUGUGGUCUUAUCGAUUUAUUGAAGUUAAAGUGCUGAAAAUGGUGUUGCCAGCGGUCGUACAUGGUGCAGCAGCAAAUACUGUUAUACAAUUUUCUCAUACACAAUCCUUCUUUUUUUGUUUUUUUUUUUUUCAGAAAACCAAGUAAGAAAAAGAGAAAAUCAACAAAAAAUGAGGAAGAACAAGCUAACGAUCUUCCACCUAUAACUUUCAAGGGAGGCAGAAAGGGCUUUAAUCUCAGCGAAUCUUUGCGCGGUUACCAUUCCUUUACGGACGAGGAGGAAAGUGAACAAAGAAGAAAGAAUGAUCAGCGAGGUCUACCGAAUUUUAACCGAAAAGGGUCUUACCAGAGACUGAGUGGAGAAAAGGAUGUGGAAUUGGUGGACGGAAUGUUGGAAGACUCACCAGAAAAGGACAGGAAAAAGUCGGGUAAAAAGAAAAGAAGGAGAUCAAAAGGAAAUGACGACGAUGUAGUUUCUUAA